AUGGCCGACACUGACCCGCCCGCGUUCGUCGCGUACAGCGACUUUCCGCCGCCUGUCCUCCCUGCCGCCGAACCCGCGCCCUCGCUUAAGCGUCGUGCCUCGGACUCGUUCGGGGAUCGUGACGACGGCGCCACUGCGAAGAGAGCUAGGGAAGACUCGCCAGGCUCCGGAUCUGAAGAUGCUCCAAGUGGACCCGAGGAGAAGACUGUAACCAUCUCGGGCGCCGCACUCGCAGACGACCUCGAGCAGGACCUCAUGUGUGGUUGCUGCUCUGCUCUGCUCUACCGACCCGUUGUGGUCAACCCCUGUCAGCACUACUUCUGUGGGAGUUGUUUGCUUCAAUGGGUCCGGAACGGGGGAACAAGCUGCCCCGCUUGCAGGGCUGUUUCCACGAGCGUAACAAACUCUCGCGUCCUUCAGUUAAUGAUCGACAUCCUUCUGCGCCACGACCCUACACGCGCUCGCACUCAGCGCGAACGCGAUCAGGCUGACGCCAUAUACCGCUCUGGCCAGUCUUUACGGAUCCCACCGCCGCGCGAACUUUCGCCUGAACCGGCGCUUCCGCCGCCUGGGGACUGGGUUCACCCAUGUCCGACUUGUACUCCCGGAAAUCGCUGGGGCUACCAUUGUCCCCAGCCAAUUCCAGAGCCAGACGGCGAAGCUGGCUGGCAGCAAGAUGAUGGCGCCCCUCCUGGGCACGCUCUCUGCUUCGAGUGCCGCGCCGCCACAGCUCUCAAUGGACCGACGAUACAGAAAUGCGACUUCUGCCAGACUAUCUACUGCGGGAUGAACCGCAUCCAAGGUCGUUGCUCUGCCGCGCCUCUCUUCGCGCAACAUCCCCAAGGCUUCGGCGAUAUCGGAGAGUUCAUUCAGAACGAAGGCGUGUACGACGCCUUCAGCGGCAACACUGUUGAAGUAGACUACUUGAUCGAGUACAUGAACGCGCGCCAUAUCAGCCCGCGCUCUAUCUACCGCGAUAUCAUCGAGCACAUACGGGUUUCUCCGCGGGGGUUUGCGCCUCUGAUAGAGCAGGAGGUCUUCUUAGAUACGCAUGGUACACCCGUCGGUGGCGAGCUGCCCGCUGAUGCACCUCGUAACCGCAUCUGUCGCCCGUGUGCGGGUGAGGUACUUCUCUGGGGUAUCCGCGAAUGGUGGGCUCGCGAGCGCCGCAAGGGUCAUCUUCCGCAAGCCGUUUCGAUCCGCCCGGAUUGCGAGAAUGGUGCGACUUGUCACCGUCAGGACGACCAUGCUCAUUGCAGAGACUUCAACCAUAUCAUCGCGGCCCCGGCGCCGCCUCAAGAGCCCGUGCCAGCGCCUGCUCUCCCACCUCUUCUUGCAGACCUCGACUUCCCACCGCUGUCGCUUCAACCUCACGCAUACGAGGACGAUGAUGAAGAUGACGAUUAUCCGCCGCCGCCAAUGAUGCAUUACCCGCCUCCACCCAUGGCCAGUCUUCCGGUUCCUCCUGCGACAGCUGCCGCGCCGAUGACUGCGGCCUCGGUACCUGCUCCCGCGGGUGCCCCUUCCAACGCACCUAUGUCGCAGUAUCCAUUGUCGCAUGUUACCUUCGUGGUCGACGAACAGCCCACGAAUCCCACUGCCGCCCGUGAUCUCGAGAACAUGAUGCAGCACAUCGGCACUCUCAACAGCGCGGCGGAGCGGGAUCUCGACAUGAUGCUCAUGAGUCGGUGA